AUGUCAUCAACACAUUACUAUGAUAAUGAAAGAAUUAAGCCACUUGUGACUUCUUUUAUUAAUGCCAAUUUCGACUUCGAGGCCAUACCACUUCAACUCAAGAAGUCUAUGAGAGUCGGUGUUUAGGAACAUAUAGCUUUCUUCUGGGUAAACGAUGGUUACCACUUUUUAGAAGCUGUUUUCACUAAGGAAGCGGUAAAUGAGUUCCGCAAAAAUUGGCCUCAUCUUAAGUUUAUUGGCCUCAAGGAAAAAAUCUUACUUAUCACCAAAUGGAGCCUGAGGAUAAGAGAGGCUGACUCUAGAAAACUAUUCACAUCAUAUCAAAACCUCCAAAUUCAGAUAGUCAUUGAGGGUUUUAAGCCAAUCUUGCAUGAGAAGCCAAAUCCUAAAUAGCAUUUUCAAGCUACAAACAUUUAUCACGAUGAGGAAAUUUAGACUUAUUUAAGACAUAAAAGACAUGAAAUGAUUAGAGGAUUCCUAUCAAAUCAUAUUUUCUUUAGGACUAAGGGAGAAAAUAAACUUGAACUCCCUAGUAUCAAACUAAUAAAGAAGCAACAAAGCUAGUAUGAAUUGUUGAAAGUAUAGAAUGACAGUUCAAGCGACAAUGAGAUGCUUGAUUUAGCUGAUGAGUAAGAUAAAAAUGUGAAGUAGUAGAAAGUGGAAGCAGACUUGCACAAUUCAAAGUUAAUUAAAAGGUUAACUGUAAAUAUCAGCGAAUAAGAAGUUUUCAGAUGUUAGAUGGCUGAAGUGCAAAGAGAACAAUUAAUUGAAGAUGAAUACGACUUCAAGGAAUUUAAAGAGAAAUUCUCUUACCAUACCAUUAAUGAUAAUCAAUAAACAGCAGCUUCCUCUUAAGUAUCAAAAUACACCAUUUCAACAUCUACUGAUUUAGAUGAGAACCCAAACAUUGCUGAUUUGAAACGUUAUAUCAUCCAAGAAAUGGGUGAAGAUGAAUUCAAUUCACUAGUCAAAAAGAAGACUGAAAGACUCCAAAAUCAGUUGGAGGACGAAUUUGAAAGAAUGAAAAUCAAGUAAAAUCUAGAGUAUUACAGUAAAGAGCAAUCAAGAGAGGAAUUCAAGAAGGAAAUGGAAAGGAAAAUACAGGAAAAGCAGGAUAAAAAAGAGAAAGCCAUUAAGAAGAAGAUUGUGAAUUAUAGAAUGUAAUUAUCGACCAACCAAAUAAAAGAGAAAGUCUUGAGAUUCAUGACAACAUUUGAAUCUGUUUAAGGCAAAGAAGGAGAGUAGUAGAAAUCUAUUAAUGCAAUGGCAACAAUUGAGAAAAGGGAGAUCCCAGAAACAAGAUUAAGAUCAUAUUCUCAAGAAAAUAUAGUCAGAGAUCAAUCUGAAAUAUUGGAAGCAAGAAGUAUGGUGAGCCAUAUAAAUGCAUUGAGUUAGUAUCAAUGCAGAAAAGUUGGCUACAGAGGCGAUGAAACUGAAUCUGAGCAUGAGGAAGAUAUGAGCAUGUUGGUAGAAACAAGCAAGAAAACUGUCAAAUUACUUCAAAAAAUCUAACCAACAAUAUCAGUUUUUAAGCAAUAUCUUUCAUGGUUUGCUGCAAAUGAAGUUAUUUCAAAAAGAAAGUAUGAUGAAGAGCUAGAAUUAAAAAGAAUUUAAGAAGAAAGAGAAAUCGAAAUACAAAGAAUAAGAGAUAUGGAGGAAUAAAAGGAAAGAGAAAUUCUUGAAGAAAAGGAAAGACAAAGACAACAAAGAAGAGAAGAAUAAGAAAGAUAGAAAUAAAAACGUUUGGAAGAAAAAUAAAAGAGGCAAGCUUAAAUUCUAGAAGCCUAAUAAAAAGCCAAAAAAAGAGUAAUUCAAUCUUCAAGUGAGGAUAGUGAUGCUGAAAUGAAAUAAGAAAGUGAAGAAGAUGAUCUUCUUGAAAAUCAAAAGCUUACUAGCUUCAUUGAAUCUGUCAAUAUGUUUACAUCAAUUCCAGCUGUUAAAACCAACCCAAAUUAGGGGUUAGAAAAGCUUUUGGAAGAGGUCAAAGUAGAGAUAAAAUCUGCUGAUCUUAUUUAAAAUGCUCCCAAAGAAAAAUAACCAUCUCCAGAAUAAGAUUAAAUGAUAAAAUAAUAGACACCACAGAUCUAACAACAAGUACCAGAAAUAAAUGAACCUAAAGUUAGUAGGAUUGAUGAAAGGUUAAAUGAUUUAAGCUAUAUCUUAGAUGAUAAAGAAAGCGAUAAAGAAGUUACUGAUUAAGAAGAAGAAGAAGAAUCUGAAAUUGAAAAUGUCUAACCAACAAUAAAAAGUUAAGAAUAAUCAACAUUUAUGCCGAUAGCUAUGAGUAGGAAUGUUCAAAUAAUUUCUAGUCAAGAUUCAGAAGAAGUCAAUGAAGUGACACAUUUCUAGCAAUAAUAGUAGCAGACAUAACAAACUAUAGAGGAAUAAAGUGAAUAAGAUUCUCUAAUCUUAGAGGUUAGAGAUGAUAAAACUUAAAAUUAGCAAGUAGAAAUAUGCACAUUCAAUGAAGUGCCAAAAUCUUAAGAUAAUUUAUUUGGCUAGUAAUAAUAAUGCUAGUAAGAUAACGAUGUAAUGUCCAUUUAAGAAUAGGAAUCACAGCAAAAUUAGGAAAUCUAUACUCAAUUAUAAGAGCCUGUAAUCACUAGCUAAAAUCAAAGAAAUACUCCAUAAACUGAUGAUGAAGAAAUCUAACUAGGCAAAAAGUCUCAGAAGAAAACAGCUUAAAAUGAAGGUUUCCAGCCUACCAAAUAAUUAAUUCAAAAUAUGGUUGUAGUUCAAGACUAGUCAUCUCUGCUAUAGAUGCAAAUGGUAAUGCCUAUGCCAACAGUAGAAGUAUAAAGUUAAACACUGAGAUAAUCCUAAUAAUCUCAAUAAAGCAGCCAAUAGCUUGUUAUUAGCUAACCACUAAUGCAGACUAUGGAGAAAGAAAAUGACUGUGGUGGGGUAAUGACUGACGAGUCUGAAGAAAGAGAAAGAUUACAAAAAAGCUAGAAAUCAAUGUGGAUGAUUCAAGACAGAUAAAGCACAUCGAGAAGAAAUCACAAAAAGUAGGAUAAAACACCGCUUAAAGUGAUCAAAAAACUUUAUAAGAAUGAUUACAGUUCUGGAGAUUAGGCUGAUAACGACGAUGAAGAUAGUGAAGUUGAAAGGAAAAAGAGAUAAUCUAAAAAGCAAAUGUAAAAGCAACAGUAAUAAACUCAAUAAUAACAGUCAUUCUAGUAGCAACAUCAACAGUAGUAACUAUUAUUACAGUAAUAACAAUAACUCCUAAAUCAAAGUCAAUAGAAUCUUUAACCAAAUCUAAUAUACUAAUAAUAAUUGCAUCAAUAGUAGCUGCAAAUAUAAUAGUAACAAUAGCAAUUACUUUUAUAAUAGCAGCAAUAAAAGAAGUCCAUGCAAAUGCAUCAGUAAUAAACACCUCAUUUAUAAACUUAAUAGAUGCUUGACAGAUAAAGAGUUUAAGCUCAAAUGCCUUAAACAAUGUAUCAAGAUAUUAGCUAGACAAUGUUUUAAUAGCCAACAGUCCCAUCUCAGUAACAACCAUAAUUCCUUCCAUAAAUUGCGUAGUUCGGUUAGCUGCCUUAAAUAUAACCUGGUUAUCAAUAAACAGCUUCAAAUGCAUCCCUUAUUUCGUAAAAUCUUGCACUUAAAAGACAACUUGAAGAAUUAAAGUAUCUUGCAAGUAUCAGCCAACCAUAAAAAAGACAAAAAAAAUGA